UACUGAUCAGCAGAUCCCUCUUAUAAUCGCUUUUGCUCCGCGGACAUCAAGUCGAUCGACCGUGAGCAGACCAAGAGAGCGAGUGCAGCAGUAGAGAGAGAGAGAGAGAGAGAAAGAGAGGAAAAGCUAAGCAAGCAGGCCACAAGUAUGGGCGGCACGGAGUCCAACGAAGUGGCAAAGGACGAUGCGCGUCUGCAGCAGCAGCAGGUCAAGAGACCCGCAUCUAAAAAGCCCGAGGUCAAGCAGCCAAAGGCCAAGCAACUGAAAGCCAAGAAACCUGAGGCCACCACGACGGCCAAGGACGGCUCCACGACUGUGGUUUCCACGGCUGCGGACGGCACUACGACGUCGAUCACGACCAGCACUGACGGCAGCACCGUCACCACCGUCGUGACGCGGCCCGAUGGCUCGAGUGAGACGACUACCGAGAUCGUCACCACCACAGAGACGGAGGUAGACGUGACGCAGCAGGAAAUGAGCCCCACGGCUGCUGCAGCGGCUCGCGCCGUUGCCGACUUCGAGAGCGUGAGCGAGGAGACGGCCACGCAGAGUCUCACGGAGCUCGCCUGGCACGCGUGGAGUGCCAGUGCCACGGCAGCUGCCAUGGGUGUUAAGACGGUGACAUCGGAGACACUGCGCGCCCUGAGUGAGAACUCGGGUGUGUUCUUCACCAGCACCGUCGUGGCACCGCAGACCAGCACGCGCACUGACGUGGCUGGUCUGAAGGCUGAUGGAGAGUGGAAAAAGGAGGAUUUCAAGAACAUGUUGCCUGCCUUCUUGGCGUAUGUGACGGAUCACGGUCGCCGCAUCGAGACGCUGACCGCGGUGGAGUUGUUCAUUUUUGCGCGUGCAUUUUGUCGUUUCCGAGUGUUAAAACAUCAAGUGGAUCAUGAAAAAGAAAAACAAAAAAGUAUGGCGGAGCGCGUACUGGCCGUCGCCAGUCGCCGCUCCAAGGAGCGUAAGUUUGCGUGGGAACUCACCCGUGCUUUCACGCUCUUCUACCCGGAGUUCUCCAUCCGCCGCCGCGGUCUGCGCUUCAGCAAGACCAACGCGGUGCUCAUGGACGAGGCUCAGGUGGAGAGCGAGUCAUCGUUCGAGUUCAUCUCGAUCAAUCGUCGUUUGUCCAAGUGGUUGAGCAAAGUUAUUGUGAUUUCACUAUUGCGUGACGCAUCUGAGGACUGCACUCGUGCGAGGAAUGUCAUUGUGCUGCACGACGGAGAGGUUGUGCGUAGCGGUUCAUGGGAUGAGAUCAUCAAGUAUGUGCAGGAGUUAGGUGUUCAAUGUCCGCCACAGAAAGAUGUGGCGAUGUGUUUAAGCGACAAGAAGACGACAGCGGCGCUCUUUGACCCACUUGAAGCAACGGUCAACUCCACGACGAUCUAUAGGCUUGCCGAUGAAGUGAUUUUGCUCGCUGGAUCCCCUAUUGUGGAGGAUCAAGCGGAAAGUGACCGUGGUCUCAUGAACGUCGGGUGCUUCAGCAAGAUGCAAGCUGUAUCGUCGUCGAAGCAGGCAGAAGAUUCGGGUAAACCGAAGACAGGUGCCUUCAUGUACGAAUUCAACUCGGAUGGCAGUUUUUCUGACAGCGACGAGGAAGAAGGCUUUGAUGCCGGGGAGUGGCUCAUGUCGUGGUUCCAGCCAACGACUGAGAGUCCGCCGCUCACUACGAAAGCUGCUGCUCGGAAACUUAUCACCAACUGGGAAGCCAAAAAGCAACAAAAAACAUCCUCACCAGGUAAGACGGUGGAGACAGAAGUGUUCCAAUCGGAAGCAGAGGAUGGCAGUAUCGUAACCAAAACGGUCCGCACCACGAGGCGUACGAUGAGAUCUACCACAGGAGCAUUCAUUACCACGACCGAGGUGGAGACGACGACAGAGACACAGACCAAGGGCGGUGCCAAGAGC